GCAAGGCGGGCGUCCUUGAAAAGGAAGGGACCUCCGGUGACCCUGGGAGGACGGCUGAGACCUUACUUCAUUAUGGCAUGAGAGUGAAAGUGAGCUGAUGGCUGCCAAUCGCAACCUGAAAAACCUUAAAGACAAACUCUGGGUGUUAGAAAACCAGAUCACAAACCUGACUGCAGUAAACCAGGAGCUGGAGACACAAAACCAGGAGCUGGAAACCCAAAACGACACACAAAAGUAGGAACUGGAGACACAAAACCAGAAGUUGGAGACACAAAACCAGGAGUUGGAGACACGAAACCAGGAGCUAGAGACGGAGAGGAACAACUUAACAGGACAAAUACAAAACAUGGAGACAACCUGGAACAAAUUCAACGUCAGUCAAGCUCAGUGGAGCAUUGAUGAAUACUGCCCCAAAGAAAAUAAAGUUUCAGAGAGACCGUGUAAAGCUUGUCAGGAGGGCUGGGUACUCAACAAGUCCAGCUGCUAUCUGUUUUAUGACGCUGAUCUUCCUGAUCAGAAAACCUGGGGAGAAGCUCGAGAAGACUGCAGAGGAAGGAGUUCAGAUUUUAUCGUUAUAGAUAAUAAAGAUGAACAGGACUGUUUCUCUUGUCAGUACGUAAUCCAAAGUAACAGCUGGCACGAUUAUGAAUACUGGAUUGGCUUGAGAGCUGAAGGAGGGAGAUGGAAGUGGAUCGAUGGAAGUGAUCUGAAUGAAAGUGACUGGAUACAAGGCCAACCUACUAACGGUCAGUGUGCAGUUUCUGUCCAAGACAACAGAUUAAAAAAGUACAAAUGAAUAUCAGUGAGCUGUGCUGAGAGAUACAGAUGGAUCUGAAAAAAUAAGUCUUUAUCUGUUUAAACACUGCAGUCAGACUUGAGAAAAUUACUGGAUACUCUGCAUGAUAUCAUCAACUGGCUUAUAAAUAUCAAACUAUGAAAAGCUAUAUUUCACAAUUCAAAAAUGUUUUGUGUUCUGUUUU